UUCUCUGCAGUGUGUAUAAGCCAUUUGCUCUGGGAAUUUCCUGCUUUACAGGAUUUCAAGAUGGUAUUGAUCCAAGCAUUAGCCCUUUUUGCUUGUAUUACUGUAUGGGAUCCUACAGUUGUUGCUGAUGAAAUAACAAACUCACGGGAAGGAAAAUUUGUGCUACCAAUCACAAGGUACUGGAACACUGUUUGUUCUGGAACUUCUAAUGGACAACAACUACAGGGUACUUGCCUUGACCGUAAGCAGUGUUAUCUGGCUGGAGGCACCAGCAUGGGAUCAUGUGGUGUACUGGGAGCCUGCUGUCUCUUUGAGAGGAGCUGCUACACAACUACCCAUCAGAGACUUUCCUAUUUUGUGAACCCACCUGUAGUCCAGCAGCAUUGCACAUAUCAAAUUGAUGUUAUGAGUCGGGAUGUUUGUCAAAUAAGGUUGGACUUUGAUGAAUUUCGCAUAGCUCCACCAACUUUACCAAUCAAAGAGCCUUUACAAACAACAUCAUAUUACUGCAUUAAUGACAGCUUCACAGUUACAAGUCCUUUGAGUGGCCAACGGGGAUUAGGCUUCAACAGUCUCUGUGGCCGCAAUGAUGGACAGCACAUUUACAUCCCUGUCAAUGCAUCCCAGGGAGCCAGCUCUGUAUCACUGAGCUUCAGUCUGGCGGAUCGCAAUAGUACUUCAGGAUCAUCACUGCCGACACCCACCUGGAGAAUCAGGGUAACGCAGCUGGAGUGCCCAGGCAGCCCUUAUGACUACUCAACCUUCACAGCUGCAGUUGCAUCCCUGGCUCAGCAGCAUCUGCAGAAGUUCUCACCACCUUAUGUUGAUUUUCACCUGCUAGCGCCUCCAGGCUGUCUGCAGUAUUAUCCUGAACGAAGAGGCACUUACAUGUCAUUUAACUAUAACACUCCAGGCUCACUUGAUUCACAGUACAUAGCAAACAUGCACUAUGCAAUAUGCUUCCGGAGAACACCUGAUGCUUGUGGAAUACAGCAUACAGCAGAAACCUUUAGUAUGGGUGGAUAUAAUACAAGUAACACCAUGACAGAUGAUGCUUGUAAUGAUUUUGAUUACCUGUUUGUUCCUGAUGGAAGAUGGCAAGGUAGUUCAAGAGCAGACAAGUUCUGUGGAGAUUCUCUCCUUGGGGAAACUGUCACAUCCAUAUCCCCUGGUCCAUUUUAUGUUGUCUUCAACAGUGAUGACCAACUUGAAGUUUUGAAUUCAGAAAGUGGAUUCAGAAUUGAUUACCAGGUGCUAGGUACCUGUGAGUGACGGGAAUAAUUGUUCCAGCAAUGAGCUAUAAGUAAUUGUUCUAGCAGUGGGUUAUUUUAGUAAUAUAAAUGCCUCAGUUCAUAUACAUUUUAAGAGAUAACAGGUCCCAGAAAUAAAACUAAACUCUGGGCAAACUUUAUUUAACAACAAGUUUUGAACGACAAAAGGAAUGGAAUAGUUGUUACAGUUGAUACAUCAGUAAUGUUAGCUAUAACUUUUUGAUUCUGAGAACACUUACUAUGUUAUGUAUCGAAUUUUAUAUUUUAUCAGACUCUAGAGAAUCAUGUGAA